CUAGUAUCUCAUAAGCCUACAACAUCCCUUGAACCAGAGUCCCACCCAACUCAUUAGUAACCAUGGCCAAUUUCCAGAUAACUCCCCGUGCCGCGUUCGUGGAGAGCAAUGAGCUCAACUUCCGCAGCCUGUACCUUUUCCACACUCCCCUUGGUUCAAACCAGAAUCAGUCAGGCAUAAUAGACUCAAAUGUUACUACCGGUUUGGGUGCGACCGUCGUUAACAACUGGCCGAUAUGUGAUGGCCCUAGCACCGGCGCCACCAUUGUUGCACGUGCACAGGGCCUACAUAUCUAUGCCGGUAACUGGCAGAAUACUUUCAGCAUAACUUUCGAGGUUGAAAGGUUUAAGGGAUCAACGCUUCAAGUGAUGGGGAUAUCCGUUGAAGAAGGUGAGUGGGCUAUUGUUGGUGGGACAGGACAGUUCGCUAUGGCGACUGGUGUCAUCUACAAAAAGUUCCAUGAACAAAGGAGCGACGGUAACAUCAUAGAACUCACUGUCCAUGGAUUUUGUCCCAUGCUGAAAGGUUCACAGAGCCUUCCCACAAAGGUUGGACCAUGGGGUGGAAAUGGAGGCUCGGAUAAAGACAUCGUCAAGGCACCAAGACGUCUAGAGAGCAUCACAGUUAGCAGGGGCACUAUCAUUGAUUCAAUCAAAUUUUCUUAUGUCGACCAAGCUGGUCAGAAGCGCACUGUUGGACCCUGGGGAGGUUCUGGAGGAAAACAAAAUACGUUCGUACUCGGCACUUCUGAGUUUGUGAAGGAAGUUUCUGGAACAUUCGGCCUUUAUGGCAGAGACAACCACAACAUAAUAACAUCACUAAAAUUUGUCACCAACGUGAAGACAUACGGGCCUUUCGGACAAGCAAAGGGAACCACUUUCACCAUACCUGUCGUGGAAUUGUCACGUCAGAUGUCCUCAUGCUAGGACUUAGUCGUGGAGCCAUCGCAGCUAUGAAGCUUAAAGGGGUUAAACGGGACAAGGAACACGAGGGUUAUACUGGUUCGGCCCCUUACGGUGAAGGUAAAAGCCUACGUCCAGUUGAGGUUGUAUUGCUUAGGGUUUCGACAACCAGGAGCUAAACCGCCCUGCCUGGUUAUCGAUUUGAUCUUGCCUGUCCCUGAACCGUCGUCGGGUCGUCCCUUUAUAUAGAGAGGUUGACGCCCAGCGGCUCUCAGAGUCCCGACCGGCUCAUAACAGUAUCUGGCUCGAACUCCUAACUAUUCUUGCCUUACGCUACAAGUCUUGCCAUAAUGACGGUUUAUCACUACGGGCCUUAAGCCAUCUCCGGGUCUUAAGCCCAUUAUUGGCCCGCCGUUUUCAAGCUUGGUACUGGGCUUCGCGUGAUGACCAUCUUGACGUAACCCGGCUCCUCCCGGGCGGGUGACUCUAAUGGUUAUAUCCUCAACAUUAGGCCCCAGAUUGAUUUGAACCGGUUCAUGUCAAUCUUCAAUCCCUUUGAGAGAAAAUCUUCCGGCUUAUAUCUGUGCAAAGGUUAUAACCCGCCGUGACGUCAUCUUCUGGAUUCCUGGUAACCCGCCAUGACGUCAUCUUCCAUUAAGUACAUUUCUUUAUUACGUUAUACCCCAACGGAUCUUAUCUUUAAUGGCCAUCCCGAGAAUCGAGGCGCUUCUGUGGCGAGAUAAUCACGCCGUGGCCUCCUCGUUUCUCGCGCCCACUUAUUAGCCGCACCUUAUAAAUAAGCCCGGCCCAUGAACCUUCAUUCACUCCUCCAUCGUCUUCCUCCUCUGACACCUGAGAGCUCGAACUCCGCCGCCGCGUCCCUUGUCUUCCACAACCUUGGCCGCUGCAUCACCCUGACCUGGUCCAGAGAAACGGCGGCGACCUCCGCGACUCCUCAGCGUCGGUAAGUCCCUGCACCUCUCCACCGUAGAUCCGCAUUUAGGGUUCUGCUAUUCUUCCUCUGUUCUUCGCUGUUCUUCUCGAGUUCUUUGUAGUUCUUCCACUACAGUCCAGUUUGAUCCAAAAGUAGUGCGGAGCUCCUGCGGUAGUUGUUGCGCAUCCAUUUUCAAUAGUAGCACGCCCCCUUUACUUGCAAAGAGAUCCCCUUAGAGCUCAUGAACUUUUCUGUAUCAGCUUUCUAGGUCUAGAAUUUUUUCCCUUUUAGCCGAUCGUUUGAUCCAAAAUAAUUACUGCGAUCCGUGAAACUUGUUUGUGCCACACUUAGUCAAAAAUUGCAUCUGUUUAGCUAUGGCGGCUCAUAUCUCCGGCUUAAAAG